AUGGGUGUCUUCGAUAUGAUCCGUGGUCGCAACGACGAUGGCCGCAUUGCGAGGAACAUCGUCGACAGCGGUGACAUCCAAGAGGACAAGCACCCGCGUUCUACCGCUGAGGGCGCCGAUGGAGGCGAGCAUGCGCCGCCGGCCUAUGAGUCCGACAUUGAUUCGCAGACCUCGUUCGGCGUCAAUGGUGUGCUCGAUGAUGAAAAGGAACAGGAGCAUAACCCUGACCAUGUGACCUACAAGGCUAGCGUCGGCCAGCAAAAGGCUGAAGCUGCUGCCCUGGUCUGGAGUCGUCCGGUGGCUAUCGCGGUCUAUGCCUGGAUCUGGGUGUGCUUCUUCAUGCUCGCGUUCCACUCGUCCAUCAAUGGUAACCUGAUCAACUUCGUCUACGCCGACUUCCAACUGGCCCCGCAGGUCUCCACAUCCUACAUCUUGGCCAGUGUCAUCGGUGGUGUCCUGAAGCUGCCUCUGGCUAAGACCCUGCAGCUCUGGGGCCGCGCCGAGGCGCUGGUCUUCUCGACCGCCGUGUACAUCGUCGGCAUGAUCAUCCUCGCCGCCUGCAAUGGCGCCGAUGCCUUUGCGGCGGGAUACGUUCUGUACUGGAUCGGAUACUACUGCAUCUACCUGAUCCUCGACAUUUUUGUGGCUGACACCUCCGGUCUGCGCUCCCGUGCUUUCGCCUUCGCCUUUGCGACUACCCCGUUCAUCUGCACCGCCUUUACCGGCCCGCUCGCCGCUACCGCAAUCCGCGUCAACUCUGGCUGGCGCUGGGGUUUCGGUAUUUUCUGUAUCAUCCAGCCCGUGGUUUUCCUGCCGCUAGCUGUGGUGCUCAAGUUCUACGAGCGCAAGGCUAUCCGCCUGGGUGUGUGGGAGCGUCGCCAGAGUGGUCGUACUACUCUGCAGUCUAUCGUCCACUACAUCCAUGAAUUCGAUGUUAUCGGCGCCUUGCUGCUUAUGGGGGCUUGGGUGAUUUUCCUCCUGCCCUUCAGUCUGGCCCAGUACGGUCGCUCGCAGUACAGCUCCGCUACUUUUAUUGCGAUGGUCAUCGUCGGUUUCUGCAUGCUCUUCAUCUUCGCUGCCUGGGAGAAGUGGUGUGCUCGCACUCAUUUCAUCCGCUACGAGCUGCUGAAGCGUCCGACUAUCCUGGGUGCUUGCAUCUGCUCGGCCGUCUCGUUCUUCAGUUUCUACCUGUGGGACCAGUACUUCUACAACUUCGUCCUGCUGACUUACAACCUGGAUUCGACCAUGGCCGGCUACAUGCUCCAGAUUUACAACGUCGGUUCUUGCUUCUGGUCUCCGAUUCUGGGAAUCAUCAUCUGGGUCACCAAGCGUUUCAAGUACAUCACUCUCUUCUUUGGUGUGCCUCUCAUGCUUCUCGGAUCUGGUCUGAUGAUCUACUUCCGGGGUCAAGACCACGGCAUUGGUUACAUUGUCAUGUGCCAGAUCUUCAUCGCCUUUGGCGGUGGCACUGUCGUCAUCGGUGAGGAUAUGGCGGUCAUGGCCGGUGGUGGCCGUGAGGGUACCCCCAUCAUGCUGGCCAUGAUCGGCCUGUUCUCCAGCAUAGGUGGCUCUAUCGGCUACGCGGUCUCGGCUGCCAUCUACAACAACGUGUUUGUGGAGGCCCUGGUGAGCCAGCUGCCAGACAACCUCAAGGCCAAUGCCACGCAGAUCUACACCGACGGUAUCAUCACCCAGAUGGCUUAUCCCGUUGGCUCCGACCUACGUAAUGCCACGGUGUAUGCCUGGGGAUACGCGCAGAAGAUGAACUGCAUUGCCUCGACCUGCAUCCUGGCUUUGCUCAUCCCCGCCGUUGCCGUCUGGAAGAACUAUGACGUCGGCAAGAAGCAGAACAAGGGUACCAUGGCCUUCAAAUAG